AUGGCGACCACUAUCUCUCACGACCUGGCUUGGGAAGUCACCAAGGGACACAGCGCUACGCUUGUCAAGAGGGCGAACGGUGUGCAGUUUUCGCGCGAUCCUCUUAACCUGAGGAACGUGUACAGCCGCAAGAACGAGGGUUCGGUUGCCAACAAGGCCAUCGGCAUCCUGCCCGGAAAGGACGGCGGCGUCACCCUUCUGAUUAAGAAGGCCGACAAGCACCACCAGCCCGCUGCUUCCAUCCAGAGCACCACCUUCGGCUCCAGCCGAUCGUCCCGCAAGACCUACUCCGCCAUUGUCAACUCGACCACCAAGCGCGGCUACCGCGCGGACCUCCGCAAGGACGCCGUUGCCCGCGCCUCGGCCAUCCGCAAGAGCCAGAAGCCCGUCAAGGCCGACAAGACCGCGAAGCUGAGGGGCGCCAAGGCCAAGGCUGCUGAGGAGAAG